GGCGGCGGCGGGUCCGGCGGCGGCGGCGGCAGGUGGCCCCGCGCGCGGCGGCCGGCCCGGCCGGGGGCGGGCGGGAAGGUGGCGCCUCGGGCGGGGGCCGGUCCCUGCACCAGGUGACCUGUUCCGGCCCGGAUCCGGGCGGCCUCGCCAUGCAGCGGCGCGGCGCGGGGCUCGGGUGGCCGCGGCGGCAGCAGCAACAACCCCCGCCGCCCGCGGUCGGUCCCCGGGCCGCAGCCAUGGCCCCCCCGAGCGGCGGCGUCCCCCCGGGCCUCGGCGGCCGCGCUGCCUGCGCGCUGCUCCUGUUCUGCUACCUGAAUGUCGCGCCGUCUUUGGGCAGGCAGACGUCCCUGACGACGUCGGUAACACCCAAAGCGGAACAGAGCACGGCUUACAAAGACUUUAUUUAUUUCACCGUCGUUGAAGGGAACGUCCGCAAUGUUUCUGAAGUCUCGGUUGAGUAUUUAUGCUCUCAGCCGUGUGUUGUCAAUCUGGAAGCCGUUGUCUCGUCCGAGUUCAGAAGUAGCAUCCCUGUGUACAAAAAGAGGUGGAAAAAUGAAAAGCAUCUUCACACCAGCAGGACACAAAUAGUGCACGUGAGAUUUCCGAGCAUCAUGGUUUACAGAGAUGAUUAUUUCAUCAGACACUCCAUUUCGGUAUCCGCGGUGAUACUACGCGCCUGGAUUACUCACAGAUACAGUGGUGGAGACUUGAAUGUUAAAUGGGAGGACAAUUUGCUACAUGCCGUAGCUAAGAAUUAUACUCUGCUGAAGACGGUCCCGCCUUUCGAACGCCCUUUCAAAGACCAUCAAGUGUGCCUGGAGUGGAACAUGGAUUAUAUUUGGAACCUUCGGGCAAACAAGAUUCCCCAGUGUCCUCUUGAAAGUGCCGUCUUGCUGUUUGCAGAUGUGGUCACCCUGCUGGGCUUUCUCUAUGCCUCCAGUGGAGAAAACACAGGCAUUGUGAAGAAGUUCCCGAGGUUUCACAACCGAGAGCUGGAGGCCACCCGACGCCAGCGGAUAGAUUAUCCAGUGUUUACUGUUUCAUUGUGGCUUUAUUUACUCCAUUAUUGCAAGGCCAGUCUCUGUGGGAUUCUGUACUUUGUUGAUUCUAAUGAGAUGUACGGCACGCCGUCUGUAUUUCUUACCGAAGAGGGCCACUUGCAUAUUCAGAUGCACCUUGUCAAAGGAGAAGACCUUGCGGUAAAAACGAAAUUCACCAUGCCCUUGAAGGAGUGGUUUCGACUGGAUCUCUCUUUUAACGGAGGCCAGGUAAUAGUGGUAGCCACCAGCCUUGGACAGGAUUUGAAAAGCUACCAUAAUCAAACCAUUAGCUUCAGGGAGGAUUUCUAUUAUAAUGACACUGCUGGGUACUUCAUUAUUGGAGGGAGCAGGUAUGUGACUGGCAUUGAAGGGUUUUUUGGACCCCUGAAGUACUAUCGUCUCCACACUCUGCACCCUGCCCAGAUUUUAAACCCCCUCCUUGAGAAGCAGCUUGCUGACCGGAUCAAGUUAUAUUACGAAAGGUGUGCUGAGGUCCAAGAAAUAGUGUCUGUGUACACGUCCACGGUACAGCAAGGGGGCGGGAGACCAGAAGCAUGCGACCUCCGGAACUCCUAUCUGGACCUGAAGCUCAGGUACGGGAGGCCCUCCACGUGCAGAGCCUUCCCCUGGAAGCAGGAGCUGAAAGACCGCCACCCCAGCUUGUUCCAGACCUUGGUGGAGAUGGGUUUGUUGACAGUACCGAGGAACCAAAAUGAAUCUGUAUUAGAAGUUGGCGGGAGGAUAUUUGAGAAGGCUGUAAAGAGACUCUCCAGUGUUGAUGGUCUUCACCAAAUUAGCUCUGUCGUCCCCUUUCUGAUGGAUUCCAGCUGUUGUGGAUACCAUAAAGCAUCCUACUACCUCGCAGUCUUCUAUGAAACUGGAUUAAGUGUACCUCAGGAUCAGCUGCAGGGCAUGUUGUAUAGCUUGGUGGGAGGCCAGGGCAGUGAGAGGCUGUCUUCAAUGAAUCUUGGCUACAAGCACUACCAGGGUGUCGAUAACUACCCCCUCGACUGGGAGCUGUCUUACGCAUACUAUAGCAACAUUGCCACGAAGACACCCCUCGACCAGCACACGCUACAGGGAGAUCAGGCAUAUGUCGAAACAAUUAGACUGAAGGAUGAGGAAACGCUCAAGGUACAAACCAAAGAGGAUGGAGAUGUCUUCAUGUGGUUGAAGCACGAGGCCACCCGAGGCAAUGCGGCAGCGCAGCAACGAUUGGCCCAGAUGCUGUUUUGGGGCCAGCAAGGUGUGGCCAAGAAUCCUGAAGCGGCAAUCGAGUGGUACGCCAAGGGUGCCCUGGAGACUGAGGACCCCGCGUUGAUAUAUGACUAUGCCAUUGUGCUAUUCAAGGGUCAAGGAGUAAAAAAGAACAGACGGCUUGCCUUAGAGCUGAUGAAGAAAGCGGCUUCCAAGGGAUUGCAUCAGGCAGUCAAUGGCUUAGGAUGGUAUUACCACAAAUUCAAGAAAAAUUAUGCCAAAGCGGCCAAGUACUGGCUAAAAGCAGAAGAGAUGGGGAACCCGGAUGCAUCGUACAAUCUUGGAGUCCUGCAUUUGGAUGGCAUUUUCCCAGGAAUUCCUGAAAGGAAUCAAACGUUAGCCGGUGAAUAUUUCCAUAAGGCUGCACAAGGCGGACACAUCGAAGGAACCUUGUGGUGUUCUCUCUAUUAUAUCACAGGCAACCUGGAGACCUUCCCUAGAGAUCCCGAGAAGGCUGUGGUAUGGGCAAAGCACGUAGCUGAGAAAAAUGGCUACUUGGGCCACGUCAUUCGCAAAGGCCUCAAUGCCUACCUGGAGGGUUCAUGGCACGAAGCUUUGCUGUAUUAUGUUUUAGCAGCAGAAACUGGAAUUGAAGUGUCACAGACAAAUUUAGCACACAUCUGUGAGGAGAGGCCAGAUCUGGCCAAGAGAUAUUUGAGCGUGAAUUGUGUUUGGAGAUACUAUAAUUUCUCUGUUUUUCAAAUCGGUGCUCCUUCGUUUGCAUAUCUGAAAAUGGGAGACCUUUACUACUAUGGCCACCAAAACCAGUCACAAGACCUUGAGUUGUCUGUGCAGAUGUACGCCCAAGCCGCGUUGGAUGGAGACUCACAGGGAUUUUUUAACCUGGCUCUGCUAAUUGAGGAAGGUGCUAUAAUCCCACAUCAUAUUUUGGAUUUCUUGGAAAUUGACCCAACUAUCCAUUCUAAUAACAUCUCCAUCCUUCAGGAACUGUAUGAAAGGUGCUGGAGCCAAAGUAGCGAGGAGUCCUUCAGCCCCUGUUCCCUGGCCUGGCUUUACCUUCACCUGAGGCUCAUCUGGGGUGCCGUGCUGCACUCCGCCCUGAUCUACUUUCUGGGAACCUUCUUGCUGUCUGUAUUGAUCGCCUGGACUGUGCAGUAUUUCCAGUCUGUUUCAGUAAGAAGCUUAAGAUACUGAACUAAAAGGUCUUCUCCCAUUGAAAAUACAUCCACUAUAGAUACUCUGCGUCUGUUGCCUUAAAUCCAGAUCUGAAGCCCCCUCCAGUAUGAAUUCUUCGUAUUUAUCCCAGUCAAGGAAUCAGAUGUGUGGGAUGAUAAACAAACGCUCAUGAUGAAUAAAAAUACCCAGCCACAUGGAGUCAGAAGGAGGGGCCGAAGAGGAAUGUGAAGUGAGCAUUUAGGUUAGCGUGAUUUCCACUGGUCACUGUUAUUUGUCUGAGCUGGCGUAGGACCGUAGUUAAAGAGACGGACACCGCCUUGGCGUCUCUUUGGGCUUUGGAGUCCAAGCUUGGCUACUCAUUAGCUGUGUGACUUACGGUGCAUUGGUUCACCUUCCUGAUCUCCCAAUUUGUCAACAAUAAAAUUAGGUUAUAAUAGUAGCGAUUUCCCAGGGAUGUCAGAAGGGUCCAGUGAAAAAAAAUACGCAUGACACUUACCAAAAUGACUACUGUGCUUCAUCUGAGCUGUUAUAUUUAUCUGGCAUAUAAAACCCUCUCGGUAAAUGUGAGCUAUUACGUUCAUCUCCCCCGUCAAACCGUAAGAGGAAUCAGAGGCAGGAUUUCGUGCAUCAUUUAGGAUAUCGCACACUUAGUAGGUGCUCAAAUUUGCAAACCUCUGACCGUGGAGAAUUAUAAUUUCCCGCCAUCUUGGAUGACCGCAGAAGGACAUAAUGUCUCACGAAGACCAGGAGGGACAUCUACAAAUGGAUAAAUUAGGACUGGACAUGGCAUUUGAGCACUUGAGCAUUUGCUCAACCAUUAUUCAUGUAGCAGAUAAUGAAAAGCGAAAGGAGUGCAUUCCACCACAGAUUCGAUGGUGGGAAGGAAGUCACUGUCGCGAGAGGCUAAUGCAGAAUCACUUCCCUCUGAUUUACCUGAGGAGGUUAACAAGGAGCCAUCAAAAGCCCAUCCAGAUUUGCUGCCCCGUUGUAUGCCGGCUUAUAAAUUUUCCUCAUGCAAAUUCUGUCCCGUCCCUAAAUUUGUUGCCAGGUAGAGCACAUUUAUUUUGCAUCUUGUCAGUGUUUUCCAUUUCAAAUUAUCUUUGUCAGUUUUACUCUGCAGAAAUAUUGUUAUGAUUAUUACAAAUGCAAUUCCGUGAGAGGAGCUGAAAAUUGUCUUUAUGAUUUUAUGCCAGCUGGUAGCCAUGAAAAUUCAUGGGCUGGUGGAAGUUGUCUCUUUUUCCUAUCUUCCUGUCUUCAUUAUCAGUCUCUCCACAUUCUCGCCUCCCUGUCCCUCCUGCCCUUUGAUAUUUUUUUUUCCCUUUGCUCUUUUACACAUGUUCUUCAUUUAUUUGCAAACUCUUUCACUUCCUGUGCGUACCUCCCUCCCUGUUGCUGGCCUUGGACGAGUCUGGAUGGGCUCUUAAAGUUCAUUUAAUUCUACGCCCUUCAUUUCACAGAUGGACAGACUGAGGCCACGUAGAUGAAGUGGUCUGCCCCAAAUCACAAAACAAAGUCCAAGAAAGGACAGAGGGCAGCAGGAUUUCACACUUUUUCAGACUCGCAAUACAGGUGGCCCUUCAGCAACAGGGCGAGUGAGGGGCACCGACCUACCCUGAGCUGAAAUGCUGCAGAUAACUUUGACUCCUCCAAAACUUCGCUGCUGCCUGCUGUUGACCAGAAGCCUUACCAGUAACAUAGUCAAUUAACACAUAUCUUAUAUGUUACAUAUGUCAUGUGCUGUAUUCUUACAUUAAAGUAAGUUAGAGAAAAGAAAUUGUUAUUCAGGAAAUCAUAAGGAAGAGAAAGUACUUCCAUGGUGCUGUAGUGUAUUUACUAAAAGCAAACGCCAACUUGUGUACGUGGGUCCAUACAGUCCAAACCUGUGCUACUCAAGGGUCAGCAGUAUUUUAAAACAGUGGCUACCAUUGUGUCUCUGACCUAUUGUUGCCUUAGAUAAAAAAUAUUUUGUAGCACAUUUUUUGGGUACCUUGAAAUGAACGAUAAUUAACCUGCCUCCAGGCAUAUUUUUAAAAAUAAUACCCCACAGCAAUAUAAAGGAGAAAUAAAAAGAAACCAAUUAUAAUAAAAUGAUGCAUAUUUCACUAUGUAAA